CCCCCGUCGUCCUCCCUUUUGGUGUCACAACCCUGUGUGUUUUUGGGGGCAGGUCCAAGAGCAGUUAUAGAACUUGGCGAUGAAGCACAAGUAAGCCUUGGAGAAGAAAUAUGGUGCCUUAUCGCACCCAUCCUGCAAAUGCUGCUCUGACGCUGGUCUCCAGCCUCCCAGGCUUCGAUGGUGCCCUCCCUUUCCGCCUCGAGACCGGGUAUGUCACCGUGGACGAGGAGAACGGUUCGGAGCUGUUCUACUGCUUCAUCGAGUCGGAGGGCGACCCGCGUUGCGACCCGGUCAUCCUCUGGCUCACCGGCGGCGACCGCUGCACCAUGCUCAGCGCUCUAUUUUUCGAGAUAGGCCCGUUGAAAUUCGUCGCCGAGCCCUACGACGGGACCUUGCCAUGGCUACGCUACCAUCCCUACUCCUGGACGAAGGCCGCGAGUGUCCUGUUCGUCGACUCGCCGGUCGGCUCCGGGUUCUCCUUCUCCAAGAAACACAAAGGAUAUGAUGUUGGAGAUGUGUCUGCUUCUCUCCAGCUCAGAAAAUUCAUCACCAAGUGGUCCUCUGAGCAUCAAGAUUUCCUUGCUAAUCCUUUCUAUGUUGGUGGAGACUCCUACCGUGGAAAGAUCGUUCCAAUCCUCACGCGGAAGAUCUCAGAAGAUAUUGAAGCAGGACUGAGGCCGGCAAUUAAUCUGAAGGGCUACCUGGUAGGUAACCCGGGUACAGGUGAACGCAUUGAUACUGAAUCGAGAGUGCCUUUUCUUCAUGGAAUGGGAAUAAUUUCAGAUCAACUGUAUGAGACGAUCAUAGGGCACUGCCAAGGGGAAGACUUUGCCAACCCCAAGAAUGCGCUCUGUGCACAGUCUAUGGAUAAGUUCAACGGACUUCUUCAAGAAGUUUCCAAGCCACAUAUUCUGUAUAAAAAGUGCAUUUAUGUGUCUCCCAGACCAAACGAUGGCACAACGGAAAGAAAGAUCCUCAAGGAGGAACCUGCUGGAGUACUGAAACACCAACCACCUCGUCCCCCUCUGGAUUGCCAAGGGAGCGUGGAGGAAUGGGUGAGGUGCCACGAUGGAGAUCUACCUUAUUCAAAAGACAUCAAGAGCACCAUAAAGUACCAUCGUAAUAUUACGUCAAAAGGUUAUCGUGCGUUGGUCUAUAGGUAAUUGGUGUUAAGUUGAAAAGGUUGUAGCUUAGAAAAUGUCAGGUUUCCAGCCUCUCAAAUGCAUGAGAUUCUGCACCAUACACAUGUUAAAAAGGAGAUUGGUGUGAUUCUUAAGCUUGAUUUCAAAAAAGCUUAUAAUAAGGUUAACAGGGAUUUUCUCCUCUCUUGUCUGAAGCUAAGAGGAUGUAAUGAAAAAUGGUGUAUGUGGACUAAUCAAGUUCUCAGAAAUGGGAGUGCCAGUGUCAGGUUGAAUGA